CCUUAUAACUUUUUUGUUUGUUUUUAAAGUUAGGUUUACUCAGUAUGUUCCCACUGGCUGAAAAAGACAAGUCUAUUGCUCGAUUGCUGUUCAGUACUGGCACUUGUCCACGAUGUAUCUUCAGAUUCUGUGGUGUGGAUUUUCAUGCACCUUACAAACUUCCAUAUAAGGACUUGCUUAGGGAUCUAGAGAAUUUCCUGAAAACUGAAGAUGAUGAUUUAUCUUUGGAAGCUGCCAAACCACCCCUCAAGAAGAUUCGAUUACAAGAUGAGGCUCAAAUUGAUGAUCACUGUCAAAAUGGUGGGGAGAUGAUUGCCAUUGUGAAGGACGAAAAUGUGAUACCUGAGAAGCCAUAUUUAAAUGCAUGCAAUAUAUGUUUGGGAAUUCUGCAAGAAUUCUGUGAGAAGACGUUCAUUAGGAAGGUGUGUCAGAAAGUUGAGUCUUCUGGGUAUGAAUUCACCAACUUGGUAUUUUCAGUGUCCUUCCCACCACAGCUGUCUGUAAGAGAGCAUGCUGCAUGGUUGCUGGUAAAACAGGAAAUGGGGAAACAGGGUCUAUCACUGGGAAGAGAUGAUAUUGUUCAACUUAAAGAAGCCUACAAAUGGAUUUCUCAUCCCUUGUUCUCAGAGGAGCUGGGUGUUCCUGUUGAUGGAAAGAGCUUGUUUGAAGUAAGUGUGAUCUUUGCUCACCCUGAAACAGAUGAGGAUUGCCACUUCCUGAGCACCUCAUGCCCAGACUGUUUCAAACCAGCCAAAAAUAAACAGUCUGUAUUCACCAGGAUGGCAGUUGUGAAAGCUUUGGACAAAAUAAAAGAUGAUGAUUUCCGCAAGAAGUUUCCUUGUCCACCAAAUUUACCAAAGGCUUUUUGUUCUGCUGUUGAAAUUCAGUGUGCUCAUGGUGCAGUCUUUAUUGCUGGAAGAUAUAAUAAAUACUCUAGAAAUUUACCACAAACUCCCUGGAUAAUUGAUGGAGAAAGAAAACUGGAAUCCUCUGUGGAAGAAUUGAUUUCCAAUCAGUUAUUGACAGUAUUUAAAGCUGAGAGUUUUAACUUUUCAUCAUCUGGAAGAGAAGAUGUGGAUGUGAGAACAUUAGGAAAUGGAAGGCCCUUUGCAGUUGAACUGGUGAAUCCUCGUAGAGUCCAAUUCACCUCACAAGAUAUUAAAGAACUUCAGCAGAAAAUCAACAUCUCCUCAGAUAAAAUCCAAGUACGAGACUUGCAGCUUGUUACCAGAGAAGCAAUAGGACAUAUGAAAGAAGGUGAAGAAGAAAAGACUAAGACUUAUAAUGCCUUAGUCUGGACAGAUAAAGCAAUACAGAAGAAGGACAUUGAAUUCCUAGAUGAUUUAAAGGAUUUACAGAUCAACCAGAAAACACCACUUCGAGUUCUUCACCGAAGACCUCUAGCCAUAAGAGUUCGUAUCAUUCACACCAUGGAAACGCAUUAUAUAGAUGAGCAUCAUUUUCGUCUCCAUUUGAAGACUCAGGCAGGAACCUAUAUUAAAGAAUUUGUGCAUGGAGAUUUUGGGAGAACCAAGCCAAAUAUUGGUUCCCUGUUGAAUGGGACAGCUGAUAUUCUGGAGCUGGAUGUGGAGUCUGUUGAUGUUGACUGGCCACCUGCUCUGGAUAAUUAACUUUGAAGAUGGGAAUCAGAAGAAGAGCUCGGCGAUUGUCCUGCCGAUGACAUCUGUCAGGACAUUCAUACACAAACGACAUAGGCUGCAAGAUAGCUUCUUUUCUUUCCCGAAGUGAAAGUGUUUUCGAGACCUACUUGGAUCACAUUGAUCUGCAGUUUUCUAGUCAUUAACAUUUUUUCACCUAAUUGCUAUUUUCUAAACAUUAAGUUGAUUUGAGGAUAUUUUAAUUGUGGUUGUUCUUUUUACCCAGUCUAUGAAAUAGUAACAAAUAAUGCUUUUUCUCCUCUUCUUUCAUUUUGAGAAGUAUGUAGAAUACAAGAUACAUGUGCUGACAUUUAACAGACCCCCUAUUCAUUAGUUCUCUUCAGUGAGUGAGACAUACUUUGUUCCUUUUGUGUUCUGAACCAAAAAUUUUCUCUACUCUUUGAAAUAGUCAGCUACAAGCUGUACAUAGGCUUAUGAAACAUAUUAUGAAAGGGAAGGAGGUGAUGUAGGAGUUUGAGUGCUGGACAUGGAGUCUAGAAGACCCGAGUUCAAAUGCAGCCUCAGACACUUACAUGACCCUAAGCAAGUAUCAUAAGCUAUCAGCCUGAGUUUCCAAAUAGGAAUAAUCACAGCAUCUACCACUCAGGGUUGUUGACAGGAUAUAAUGAGGUAACACAUGUAAAAUGUUAUGCAAACUUGAAAGUAUUAUGUAAAUUUUAGCUUUUCCUUUCAUCACAUAAACUAUGAUGUACAAAGCUAAUCUCAGCUAAUUGGUUUUUUGAGAAUCAUUUAUUAGUUUGAUUAUAAUUUGUUAUUUGGCACACUUUUUUACUAACCACCCUAUUAACCUGGUGUUGCCAUUAUUUUUCCUGUGGAAGAAAAACAGACUCAAGAGUAAUGAUGCAUACAUAGUAUGUAUAGUGGACUUUCAAGAUAGCUUUUAAACAUAAAAGGCUGAGGGCAACCUGGAUUUCUGGGAAUUAUUUGAAAAAUUAGUGAUAAAUAAGAUAUUUAUUAUUGAAGCACUAUUAUCUGUAAUAUCUUAUUUGAUCCCUGCAAUAAUCCUACAGAGUAGGUGGUUUUGUUCUCAUUACUGGGUAUCACUCUGUUGACUCAUAUUGAGCUUGUAGUCCACUAAAACCCCAAACUUUUUUUCAGCAAACAGCUGUCUACCCGGCCUUCCCAAAUAUUCUUCCAGAUCCUGAAAUCGGGAACACAGGCUUUCCAGUGUAUUGGAGUAGCAGCUGACGCAACAUAGUGAAAGUUUUUGUUCCAAGGAUAGAGAGAAAGCAAGAAGGCACGGUAGAACAAUUGAGGAAUUGGGAGAGAUCUGGGUUCAAAUUUCAGUUCCUCAUUGUUUGACUUUUCUGAUAAACUGAUAAUUCCUAAAGUGCAUGUUUACCUUUAUCUCUGUCCUGUCCCACAAAUUCCAUAUCUCCUUUAGAAUUAAAUACAAAUUCUUUAAUUGGCAUUUCUUUGAUUCUAACUUUGUUAUACAUUACUUUCCUUCUGCAUGCUUUGGUCUGGCUGAACUAAUCCAUUUGCUCAGUAUUGUCUUAUCUCUUAGAAUCUCUACUUUCUUUCAAAAUUCAUCUUAUACAAUUAUGUGAAAUCUUUCCUAAUCCCCUUUCACUCCCCAACCUCUCACCAUUAUCCUUUACUUUUUAUGAUCUGUCUCAAAAUGUAAGCUUCUUGGAGUCAGAGGUUCUGUAGCUCUCUGUGUCGGAGCCUGGCACUAGAUGGUGGGACUUAAAUGUUCUUUGUUGAUAUUAUCUGAAGUAGUUCUAGAAAUGCUAAUGAUUGUAAUUAGACAAGAAAAAGAAAUUAAAGGCAUACAUAUCCUCAA